AUGAUAUUACUAAUAGUAAUAUAAGUAAUAAACAUAUUUGCUAAUUAAAUAUUUUACUUAUACCCAACAGAAGGAGAAUUUUAUCAAAACUAUAUACGUUCUUUUAUUACUAAUGCUUAAUUAAUGUGCUAAAUGUAUCCUUAAGUUUCAAAUUUAGAGGUUAUAUAUUAAUGCAAAGAAAUAUAUAGAACCUAAGGGAAUGGUAAAAUGUUAAAUAUUAUUAUAGAAUUUAUAUCAAUGUCAUCAAAUAAUACACAUUUUGGUACUCUAUCAAAUGAUAAUGAAAUAGUUAUAUAUGAAUGGAAGUAUUAAAUGAUUCAAUAACUUUGGUAAACAGUAACUAUUGAUCCUUCAUUUAAUUGGUUUAACAUCGAUUUGUCUUUAGAUUUUUCAAUUAUAUUAGAUUGCUAUUACAAAAAUGAAUUCUUUUUAAUUAAAUUAAUUGAUGCUUAAUCAACAAUAGCUUUUUAAAUGUAAUCAUAUGCACCAAUUUCAACCAAAAUAAAUUAAUUAUAAAUGGAAAAAAUGCAUUUUCAGUAUAUGCUUAAUAUUUUGAGAAUUAUGCAAUACUUUAACUAUUUUCAUCAUAAUUUUUAAAUUUAAGUAGCUUAAUUAACUAAUUUGUUGAUUUUGAUAUACCAAAUAUUAUAAGUCCCUAUAUUUAUGCAAUUACUUCCCAAGAGAUUUUGUAAAUAUCAAUCUCUUCAGAUUCUCAAUUUUAUUUAAAAUAUAAUUUCAGUUUAGACAAUAUGAUUGAUUUUACUAUUAUUAAUGUUUAUUACAAUUUUUAAAGUUACUCCUAAUGUGAUCAAAUAUAGGUAUUAUAUAUCUAAUUAUCGAAUUACUAAUCAGAUUUUAUGAUUGGAUAAUUAAUGGGAUGUGAAGGUAACAUAAUCAAGAUAAGUGAUAGUUGCCCAUUUAAACCUUGCCAGCCUAUUUAGAACAUACUUUAAAAUAACUAAUUUAUAAUAUAUUAAUCAAUAAAUGAAUUUUGUAUUUAUAGCAAACAAGAAGCAGAUAAAUUUUACUUUUUUCAAAAUAAUUAAAGAAAUUCCUUACUAUAUUUUGAUUAUGAUAAUUAUUUAUUUUAAUUUGAUGAAGAGAUUGGUGUUUAUUAAAUUUCAGUUCCAUCCAUCUAAAUUAACUUAACAAAAUUAACAACUUUAGGAAAUUUAUAUUAUUUUAGUCUUACAUGUAUGAAUUAUGAUAAAACUUUUAAAGUCUAAUUAAUUUUUAUUUUUAAAUACUAAAUAAUUAAGAUACAAAUAUUUAAGUAUAUAUAUAAACUACUAUUUAGUUCUAUAACAUCUAAUUAUGGGUUUAAUGAUUAUGAAUUUUCAGUUGAAGAUUCUGGAAAAUUGUUAUUUUAUGGUUAUUCAGGAUAAUUAUUAAAUUAUACGCUAAGCAAAAUCGAACCCUAUUUCAAUGUUACUUAAAUAACUUUUUAUAAAGUAGGUGAAACCAAUUAAGUUUAUUAAUUCAAAUAAAUCUUGUCAAUAAAUUAUCCUAUAUAAGAUGAAAAAUAAUAUUUUAUAGGUUAUAUUAAUAACUUUAUAUUAUUUCUUGUAUAUAUAACUAUAGCAAUUAAUUCUACUAAUUAAUUGAAUUCAAUACAACUAACAUUUCUGUAAAUGCAAAUUCCUUAAAAGUUUCCUAUAGCCUUUAUCCUAAUGUAAUUAUAAUUGGACUAAGUGCCUAAGAUACAAUCUUUUUGUUUUAAUAUUUGAUUGAUAGCAAUAGUAUAAUCAAUUAUUCAAAUUAAACUUUUAAAUAAAAAUUCUCAGAUUUUUUAGUAACUUAUAAUAGCAUAAUUAUUCUAAUGAGGAAAAAAUAAGAAAUUCUAAUAACUACAUUUAAUUUUACAAAUUCUUUUUCUCUUAAUUAAAAUUCAAUAAAUAAAUUUUUUAAAAACAUUCAAUUCAAUCCUGAAUAAAUAAUUGUAAAUACAUAAUUAAUGUCAUCCUUAUUAUUUAUUAACAAUAUAAAUGAUGUCAUCAUCUUAUCAAUAAAUUAAAUAAUUUUCCAAAACCUAUAUCCUUGA